CCGCGGGAACGGCUCGCAGACCACGCUUGCGCAGAGCGCCCGAGUGAGCUGGUGAUGGGAAUGCGGGCGGUGGAGUGAGGCGAAGAGAAAGAAUUUUCCAGCCGGCGAAGAUUUGGAGGAGAAAUUCUGUCGGCGUUUUGACUAAAUGUACUAUGAUGUCGUUCCUUAAGUGCACACGGUCUGCUCUGGGCAUCUGGCAGAUACAAAGCAGAGUGCGGCUAGAAACCACUGCGGUCCUCCCACACGCAUGCUCAGUUUGCAGCUCAGUACGAUGGAAGAACACCGCUGCUAACCAGGAGAAAGAAGCAAACUAUCAGUUCAGUAAUGCACGUUGGAGGCAAAUGGUCCUCGGGGUCAUCACUGGUACUGGCGCUAUCCUAGCUUAUGGCUUAUACAGAAAACAGGAAGCGGAGCCAAAACCAGAAACAUCGGUUGACAAUGAGGCUCAACAAUCUUAUCCUGUUUACACCAGGCAAGAUGUGGCCAAGCAUAAAACUAUGGAAAGUGGAAUAUGGGUCACCUACAAGUCUGACGUGUAUGAUAUUACAAACUUUGUGGAACUGCAUCCUGGGGGUGAUAAGAUAUUGCUUGCUGCAGGAGGUGCCCUUGAACCAUUUUGGUCAAUGUAUGCCGUCCAUAAACAAAAACAUGUUUACGAGAUUCUUGAAGAGUACAAAGUAGGAGAAUUGAGCCCAGAAGCUGUGCUGAAAGCCUCUGAUGUGACUGACCCUUAUGGGAAAGACCCAUUGAGACAUCCGGUUUUGAAGGUGAAUAGUUUAAAGCCAUUUAAUGCAGAAACGCCAGCAGAGAUUCUAACUGAAAAUUAUCUUACCCCAAAUGACUUGUUCUUCAUACGAAACCACCUGCCUGUCCCAGAAGUUGAUCCAAAAAAAUUCAGUUUGGAGAUUAAGGGAGAGGGGCUGAAGUCCAUCCAACUGUCCCUCCAUGACCUUCAAACCAAGUUCCCAAAGCACACAAUAACUGCUACAUUGCAAUGUGCUGGCAAUCGUCGCUCAGACAUGAAUGCAGUGCGUGAAGUGAAGGGACUAAAUUGGGGGUCAGCAGCGAUUGGUAAUGCAAAAUGGACUGGGGUUAAACUCUCUGAUGUCCUUGAGUAUGCAAAGUUGCCAGCGAACACAGAUGCUAAACAUAUCCAAUUUGAGGGACUUGAUAAGGAUACAAGUGGGACUCCCUACGGAGCCUCUAUUACUAUUCGUAAGGCGCUUGCCAAAGAUGGUGACGUGCUUCUUGCCUUCGAAAUGAAUGGUGAAAUUUUAUCCAGAGAUCAUGGCUUUCCACUACGUCUCGUUGUCCCAGGGGUGGUAGGAGCACGUAAUGUGAAGUGGUUGAGCAAGAUCAUCGUAAGUAAAGAAGAAAGCAAGAGCCAUUGGCAAGUGAAUGACUAUAAGGGAUUUUCUCCCUCUGUGGAUUGGGAUACCGUUGACUUCACCACUGCUCCAGCGAUCCAAGAACUAUCUAUCCAAUCUGCCAUCACAUCGCCUUCCAAAGAUGAACGUCUCAGCUCAGACUUGGAUGAGAUCACAGUGAAAGGUUAUGCGUGGAGUGGAGGUGGCAGAGAAGUGAUCCGGGUGGAUGUCUCAGUGGAUGGUGGACAGACAUGGCAAGUGGCUGACUUAAGUGAGAUGAAGCAAAAUGAGGGGCAGGCCUGGGCCUGGAAACUGUGGCAACUCACUGUGCCUAUGCCGAAGGACGAGAAAAGCCUGGAGAUAAUUUCCAAAGCUGUGGAUAACCAGUACAAUGUGCAGCCGGACACUGUUGCGCCCAUCUGGAAUUUACGAGGGGUCCUCAAUAAUUCUUGGAGUCGAGUGAACGUUACAAUCAAAUAGAAAUGAUUAGAAACUGUUACUGAUUCCAUAACAUUGAGAGACUUGGGUACAAUUACAGCUGGGUAGUAAUUUAGUCUUAAUUGUCAGUGUGGAUUAUUUGGUAAUACUCUUGCCUCUGAAAAUUGUGAGAAAAUUGUUCCAUUCCAGAGGCUAGUACUUAGUUCAGGUUAGCACUUCAGUGCAGUGUUGACUUAAAGGUAGACACAAAAUGCUGGAGUAACGCAGCGGGACCAGCAGCAUCUUUGGAGAAAAGGAAUGGGCGACGUUUCGGGUCAAGACCCUUCUUCAAGGAUUUUCUGAAGAAGGGUCUCGACCCGAAAUGUCGCCCAUUCCUUUUCUCUCGAGAGAUGCUGCCUCACCCACGGAGUUACUCCAGCAUUUUGCGUCUACCUUCGAUUUAUACCAGCAUCUGCCGUUCUUUCUUACACACAGUGUUGACUUAAUGUCAUUUGAACAAUAGGAUAGACGGGUACUGUCAACUGCUUUCCCUGUGUGGAUUAGACGUCCUGUGGAACUCUUGGAAGAGGAACAUUUGUUAUCCAUUGCAUCUUAGUCAACAGUUAUCCCACCUUAAGCAUGAAAUUUUAAAGAAACUGAUUAUUAUUGCAUUGUUGUUUUUUGGGAACUAGAUAUGUGCUGAUUGUCUGCCUCAAUUGGAGCAAUGCCAUUCAAAAGUACUUACUGAUUAUGAAAUGCUUUAGGACAUCCUAAAAUUGUCAGCAAUACUAUAUAAAUGCAGUGCCUUUGUGUCCAUCCUUUUGAAAUAUUGCUCCUGCAUCGUGACGUACCUAUUUCCACCCUAGCGUUAAUUACUCAUUUGGUCUACUUUUAAAACCACUCUAUUUGUACUUUUCAGUAUUUAACUGGCACAAAAUGGUUAGUGUUAUUUUAUCUCUGCUUAAUUUGAAUUACUUUAAUUUGAAAAGCCUUUUUCAAAAUAAUCUGAAUCUAACAGUAGGGAAAUUAAUGCUCAAUUGAAUAUAGAUACAAUGCAGUUCUCUCCUGCAUUUGUAUGUAUUUUCCUAUCUUUAAAAUUCAUAAGUGGAGGAAGCAAUGAAGCGACAACAAUGAUAACAUAAAUGAUGACUACAUAAUUUUCCAAGCAGUAGGGAAGAUAAUGAAUAUUUUUUUAUUUUACCGUGAUGACUCCACUUGGUUAUUCAAUAGAUGUGAAGCUAUAAAUGCCUUGAUUCAAAUAAAUUUGACAUGCUCAUCAAGAAUGAGGCUGGGGGUGGUUGUAUUUGCUCUCCUUUGUUCAUAGAAGUUUGCAGAACAAGAUGAAGUAACUCGGCCCAUCAGGCUCUGUCCCUAUGCAAGGAUUUCAUCCAGGUGUAGAAGUUGCACAAGUGGCGUUGGUGGAAUAUUGGCCAUCCAUCAGUUAAACACCCAAUAUCGUUUGAUAAUUUCUUCCUGGAGAUGGGACUAAAAUAAGCAUCCACAGUUUAUCUGCAUGUUUCUCCCACUGUUUUAUGGCAUUCAGCACUUUGUUUUCCUCAUUUCUAUAUGGAUACUUUGUAAAGAAAAUCUCACUCUUUUCAAGUGAAAAUCUAAAAACAGGGAGGAAGUGGGGCACAGAAAGUUAUGCAAAUUGUAAUGUUGAGUAUUGGUUCAGGACAAAAUAAUUUGUGAUUCGAAUAAGAAUAAAGCUUGCAUUAAACCUUCAACAGAAAA